AUGGCCUACCCCAGCGGCACUACCUAUCACGCCGACUCUGAUGCCGACGACGAAUACGAGAGAAGUGUCAUGACCUCGCCUACCCAGCUACAUACCGACUCGGAAACUUCGUCUGACCCUCCCUCGAACGAACACACUCCUACGACCUUCGAUGCACCCGGGGAUGAUUCAGGGCUACCGAGAACAAUCAUAACAGAAUGGACUCCGGAGGACUGUGCACAAUUCGUGUCGAGUCUGAACUUGAGGCAGUAUUGCCAGGCCUUUGUUGAACAUGGCAUUGAAGGAGAAGCGCUUGUUGCGCUCAAGCAUGACGAACUCAAGGAGAUGGGCAUUGCCAGCGUGGGGCAUCGUCUUACCAUCCUGAAGAACGUCUACGACAUGAAGGUCAAUCAAGACAUUCCAUUUGAACCGGACGACUACGUCCCUCCGACUGCCGAGCAGAACCCUCAGCAUGAAAUGGCGACCAAAGAAGACAUCCAGCGACUUGCCAGAUCCAUCCUUCGACUGCGAGACGAGCGAAUAGCCCAAGCGGAAGCGCAGUUAACCAGGCUGGCAGAUGAUUACCGCAAACUGCGGCAGGAGUUACUACCAGUUUUCAAGAUGUCCAAGGAACGCUCAGAACCGCUACCCUACGCCCCUUACCAGAACAACGCCAUCAGUCCUGAAAUAUACCAGCAGGACGUCGUGUCUCCUCCUGUCACCACCCAACCGCCCCACGAAAAGACCAGCCUUACACGCACGUUCUCCAAGAAACUAGGCCUCAGCUCAACGCCCAAGAACAACUCUCCAACACACAUCCCCAGUACCAUACACGAGGGUAGGACUUUGAACACCGAGAACGGAGGCCUCGACCCCUCCGCCGCAGCCAGCCUUGCCUCAAACUCACUAACCGCCCAGAUGUCAGGUGGCGCCUUACCUCAUCCCUCUCCCGGAGUCCCUUCACCAACGUCUCCUCUACCUUACCAGCAUCAACCUCUCGCCGCGCGCUCGUACCAACGAGAGGGAAGUAGCGGCAUAAGUUCCAUUUCGCGCUACGACGGAACAGACGACCGCGCUGUGACCAUCGAGCGAGAUCGUGACCCUCCCACAUCUGCGAAAUCAGUCUCCGCAAAGUUAAACCCCUCGAAUUCCUCUAUAUCAAACGCGUCGACUCUUAUCCCUUCCCGCGAAAUGUCUGCCAGUGUGCCCCCGCAACUUCCCUCAAGCGCAGCUGUAGGCCACACCCCUCACAACCGCGACAAAGACCCCCCUUCCGGUGGCGGAGGUGACGCUCCCUCCGUCGAGAUUUUUAAAUCGUUCCGUGUGGGCCUAGAAGAUCCAUGCUAUAAAGUCCUCCCCGCCGCGCUACGGAAGUACAAUAUACAAGCUGAUUGGCGGCAAUACGCGUUAUACAUUGUAUACGGCGACCAGGAAAGAUGCGUGGGGCUUGAGGAGAAACCGUUGGCGCUGUUCAAGGAUCUCGAUAGAGAAGGCAAGAAGCCGAUGUUCAUGUUGAGGAAGCUUGCGAAUCCGAUGGUCGGAGAGCCAGUGACGGCUGGGCUCGGCGUGAAGCCGCCGGCGCAAGCGGUCGCGCAGGGAGCUGGUGCUGGGUUAGGUGGCGGUGGCGCUGCAGCCGGGAUGAGGCCGCUACCUGGAGGUGUACUAUAA